GGGGAAAAGCAAAGAAAAGGAGGCAGAAGAAAAAAUGUAAAAAAUAAUGGAAUAAUCUGUAACAUUGAUCAGACCUAUGUCCUUACGCAAUGAUAAUGAGAAACAGCAUAGGAAAUGAGAUACAUGAUUCCUGCUGUCUGUUUUCAUUUGACAUCUUGUAUAAAUAUCAUUUCUAAUAAGGCAAUUAUAAGCCUUUGAUUCAUAUUUAAUUAUUUCCAGUAAAAUUGCACAAUCCAAAUGCCAAAUGCAUUACGUUAAUACUGAUUGCAUCUUUCAUUCAUGCUCCAUGCUGGCAUCAUGUCACUUGUGUCUUCAAGUCCAAUCAUUUUGACUUGACACAGGAGGUCAUGACAAAUCACACAGUGAUAACAACAUUCAUCCUGCUGGGGAUGACGGAGGACCCAAAAUUACAACUUGUGCUUUUGGUAUUUUUAUUUCUCACCUACUUUUUGUGUGUGGCUGGGAACAUGACAAUUAUCACUCUCACACUUUUGGAUUCCCAUCUUCAAACUCCCAUGUAUUUUUUUCUCCGAAAUUUCUCUUUCUUAGAAGUCUCAUUCACCUCCGUCUGUAUUCCCAGAUUCCUGUACAGCCUGACAACUGGAGAUAAAACUUGUACCUAUAAUGCUUGUGCCACGCAAUUGUUUUUUGGUAUCCUCUUUGGAGCAACUGAGUUUUUUCUCUUUGCUGCCAUGUCCUAUGAUCGCUACGUGGCCAUCUGUAAGCCCCUACAUUACACAACCAUCAUGAACAACAAGUUCUGCACUACACUCCUUCUCUGCUGUUGGAUUGCUGGCCUGUUGAUUAUUGUGCCCCCUCUUUGCAUGGGUCUCCAGCUGGAAUUCUGUGACUCCAAUCUCAUUGAUAGUUUUGGUUGUGACGCAUAUCCUAUCCUACAGAUCGCCUGUUCAGACACAGAGCUUAUAGAAAAGGUUGUUUUGGCUUUUGCUGUGCUAACACUGAUUACUACCCUACUGGGUGUGCUUCUCUCCUACACAUACAUCAUCAGCACCAUUCUAAAAUUCCCUUCUGCCCAACAAAGGAAAAAGGCCUUUUCCACCUGUUCUUCUCACAUGAUUGUGGUUUCCAUGAGCUAUGGCAGUUCCAUCUUUGCCUACAUUAAACCUUCAGGAAAGGAAGGAAUAGCCCUUAAUAAGGUUGUGGGGCUGCUCUUUACUUCAGUUGUCCCUAUGCUUAACCCUUUCAUUUAUACACUACGAAACAAGCAGGUAAAGGAAGCCUUCAAAGACACCGUAAAAAGGAUUGCAUUUCUCAUAAAGAAGUAA